AUGUCGUUCAAGGGGUUCAGUCCGCUGCCACCCCUCCACACUCGCGCCGUUACCCGCGAGGACAUCUUCAUCGCCCGCCCAUCGUCCAGUGCAUCCGUCUCCUACCUGAGGGAGGCAAUAGCCUCAAUCGACGCAAAAAUCUCGCUUCUCAUCUCGCAGAGGCGGGAGCUCGAGGGCAAACUCGAGCAAGAGGUCCGGAUGCAAUCCCCCGUCCUUCGCCUCCCCAGCGAGUUAUUGUCAUCCAUAUUCAUCAUGGGCGUCCUGGGCAUGGGCGAUGAGGACCCCGUAAUGGUUCCUACACUGAUGCUUGUAUGUCGGUAUUGGGCAGAAGUAGCGCUCAACACACCUCUCCUUUGGGCGAAGAUCUCAGUCAGCCCACAUGAUUCUCUGGAAAAGGCCAGACGGAGAAUAGAACGCUCGAAAUCGUGCCCACUCGAGAUCUCAAUCAACUUCAGUCACCGACACGAACACGGUCCCAACGCCACCGACCAGAUCGUUAGCGCGACUGACUUGUUUGACGCCGUGCUGUGGAGGACCAAGACGUUUACGCUCAUCGUGCCCAGUCGACAGUUGGCGCAUGCGGCUUUAACGCGUUGCAAAUCCGACGCGCCUAUCUUGGAAAAGCUCACCAUCCAGGUCCACUAUUCGAUCCAGGAAGACCGACACUUCACCAAGGCUACACUACCUCUCUUCAAUGGCUGCACACCGCGAUUACGCUCCUGUUCGAUCACCUCUUUCAACUUUGGGUGGGAUCUCAACCUCAUGGCACGGCUCAAAGUGUUGAAGUUGGGAGGGUACUACAACGGCCUUGCACCAUCAGCCAACACCCUCCUCUCGAUCCUGCGCCAAUGUCCAGAACUUGAGGAAAUCGCCUUACGCAACCUUUCCGACGUCGAUUCCAACCCGUGCUACUCAGGGUGCGGUGACCAAGAAGCCUCCCUCGUCACCGCGCAAAAGACGAUCCACCUUCCUCGACUCACGAAAGCAUCCUUCUAUUAUGCCGGAAUCGCAAGACAGAUCAUGACGUGCAUCUCAUGUCCCAACUUGGAAUGGCUGGAACUCUGUUACCUCGAGAACGUCUCCAACGUCAUCCAGGUUCUCUAUUCUCAAGCGUUGACCAAGCUACCCCUCCGCUACCUCAGGAUAGAGAUGUGUCUCUUCAACGAGAUCAAGUUCAUCGAGUUUUUGAGACGAGCGCAAUCGCUGAUCACCUUGGAGUUGGUGGAUUUGGAGGACGUGACUUGCAAUUUCCUCAGGGGGUUGUCUACGUCUUCUCCGUGGGUUUGCCCUCGCCUCGAGUCCGUAUCGUUCGACGGGUGCACUUACAUCGACUGGGAUGCCCUCCGCGGUUUCGUCGAGUCUCGCCUUCCACCUAACCCCCCAACCUUCAAACGUUAUCACGCAACGACAUCAUCUAUCGUCUCCUCGGCUUCGGAGGCUGCAGCAGCCUUGGCCAAAAGCCGUAUCGCGCCACGAGCCAUUGCCCACCCAGCAGCGCAGCCCAAACGCAUUCGAGCCAUCGACGUGACAAGGUGCCCUCAAAUCAGCAAGGAAAUGGUUCAGUGGCUGCGAAUGUACGUCGCCGAAGUCAAAUGUGAAUCUGCGAAAGGAGAGGCGCAGUGGGGUGUGGUGACAACAUGA